CUGAAUCAGAUCAGCACAGAAGCAUCCUAGCAGCGGACAAAUACAGCAGCAGGACACUGGUACCGUGGCCUCUCCGUGCCCACCAGCCGCAACAGCCCAUCCUAGAGAAUUAGGCAAAGAUGCACAAGAGAGUCGGCUCCGCACCGGAUUUUAAGUUUUGCUCAUGCCACAUUGACUGCUCCCCUCUCCCCAGCCACCUGCAUGGAUGAGCACAGCAUGGCUCAGGUAAAACCCGACAGACGCAUCAUCUCCAGCUACCAGUGCAGCCGUGGCCCUUAUACACUGUUUCAGAGCUGAAGCCGCUGAUUUUGUGCGUGUCCUUGGCACCAGAGAAGCCCAGAUGUCUCCAUCUUCCCGGGUGUCGAGCUCGAUGCUCUCCAGAUGGCAUCUUGAUUGCUUGAAGCUUCACUGACUGAGUUACCAGGGGCUGGAUCGGCUCUGUGGUUCAGCCCACCUGGACUCUCUGCACCAUGCUGGGGCACAUUUGCCAAGAUCAGUAUGUUUUCAUCAUGCCUUUCUCUACUGGAUGGUGAAGAAAGAGUGCCAGUGCUCACCUGCAUCAGCUGCAAAGCAUCCAUCUCCGCAGAGACGACGUGCGCAGAGAUUGCAGUAAAUAAAAGCUAUAGCUGUGAAGGUUUAGGACUGAGGGAGAUUCCUGAAAAACUACCUGUGACAACCGAAAUCCUCGACUUCAGCUUCAACGUGCUCCCUUCCCUCCAGAAUUCAACCUUCUCUGAACUGAAGUCGCUUCUCUACUUGGACCUAACAAGGUGUCAGAUUAACUGGGUGUAUGACGGCGCCUUUCACAGCAACAAGCAGUUGAAGACAAUCGUGUUGACCGGAAACCUGCUCAUGUUUCUGUCUGACACAGCGUUCGCUGGCCCACAGUCCCUGAAGCAGCUUGUCUUAACUCAGACAGGAAUAACCAGUUUGUCCUUUAUUCCAAUGACAAAUCUGGACAGCUUGGAUACCCUCAUCUUGGGCAGCAACCACAUCUCUUCACUGCAGUUUCCUCCUAAUUUUCCCACUCAAAACCUCAAAUACCUUGACUUUCAAAUGAACAACAUAAGAACAAUCACAGCAGAAGAUGUCCACGUUCUGCAGAAGACCAGCAAUAUAACUCUCAUCUUUAAAGGCAAUGACAUGAUAAACAUCGAACCUGGAGCUUUCCAAACCCAUUUCUACAGUUUGGACUUUGGGGGCUGCACUGACAUCCCUGGGGUCCUGGCAGGGAUACAGAACUCCACAGUCCAGACCCUUUGGCUGGGAACGUUUCACGGUGUGGAAAAAGAGCCCUCCAUAAGCCCGAAUGUUUUACAAGGCCUCUGUAAUAUCUCUGUCGAGGAUCUCUAUCUGCAGCUACGGCACUUCAGAAACCUAAACGCCGACACGUUUCAGUGCUUGACCAGGCUCCGAAAGCUGGACCUAACUCAAACCCACAUCAGCGCCUUGCCCCCCGGCAUCAGCGGCAUGAGCUCGCUCACAGAGUUAGUUCUCAACGCGAACUCCUUCGAGCACCUCUGCAACAUCAGCUCUGCCGCCUUCCCCUCCCUCACCCGCCUCCACAUCAAGGGGAACCUGCAUGUCCUGCAGCUGGGCUCUGGCUGUCUGGAGAAACUGUCAAAGCUUCAACACCUCGAUUUAAGUAAAAGUCAUAUUGAAAGCUUCGACUGCUGUAACAAGGCGCUGAGUGGUUUGAGCAGUCUUCGGUACCUGAAUCUGAGCCACAACUUAAGGCUCCGCCUCCAAGACGUGCUCAUUGAGGAUGGUGCUAACCUGGAGCUGCUGGACCUAGCUUUCACUCCUCUUCAUAUCAACACUUCACAGGGUCCUUUCCGAAAUUUGCAUCUCUUGCAAGUGCUGAAUCUUUCCUCCUCCCACAUUAAUACUAGCACUCAGCAUCUCUUUCAAGGCCUGGGAAACCUCACGCUCUUGGACCUUAGUCAAAAUAACUUUGAGUCAGGCAUCAUGCCAACGGACAAACUGUUCCAACAGCUAUCCAAUUUAGAGGUGCUAAUUUUAUCGUCCUGUGAACUGACAACCAUAGACGGCCAAGCAUUUCUCAGCCUCAAGAAGUUACGGCACGUUGAUCUGAGCCACAACAAACUUACUACAUUCAGCACAGAUGCAUUUUCAAACCUCAAGAGCAUCUAUCUCAAUUUUGCUCACAACAGGAUACGUAUUGUGCCACGUGACAAGCUAGCCUCCCUAGCUGGCCACUGCGUAAUCAAUUUAAGUUACAACCCUCUGGACUGCACCUGCUCCAAUAUCGGUUUAAUCACCUGGUAUAAGCAGAAUCUGGAUAAAAUUGAAGACCCUGAAGGAACAACAUGCUCUGAACCCAAACUGCUAGCUGGGGCUCAGCUGGCCACCAUAUCGCUCUCCUGUGGGAUCAACACAGCAGGAAUCGUUGCAGUUGUCCUGGCUAUUUUAUCCUGUGGUGCCAUCUUCAUUUGGGGUGCUCGCUAUUUCAAGCAAAAUUACCAGCAAAUAUAAGCUUGUGAUGAAGAUAUAGAAAACGUGUACAGCAAUUGUAUUAAGAUGGAAGGUAACUUGCUGUUUUUGUCUGUGACCUGUAUUUUCUUAACUUUUGUAAUACCCUUCCCAUUUGUGUUAUAACUUUUAGAAAAAUAAUGGAAAAAAAUUAUUUGAAAACUGGAAAAAUAAACUGUGAC